AUGGGGGACUGGAGUUCUUUAGGAAAGUUGUUGGAGAGCGCUCAGGAACACUCCACCGUGGUGGGGAAGGUCUGGCUCUCCGUGCUCUUCAUCUUCAGGAUCAUGGUGCUGGGCGCGGCCGCCGAGAAGGUCUGGGGCGACGAGCAGUCGGGCUUCACCUGCGACACCAAGCAGCCCGGUUGUCAGAACGUCUGCUACGACGUGACGUUUCCCAUCUCUCACAUUCGCUUCUGGGUGAUGCAGAUCAUCUUCGUCUCCGUGCCCACGCUCAUCUACCUGGGUCACAUCCUGCACCUGCUGCGCAUGGAGGAGAAGCAGAAGCACCUGGAUCAGGACGGAACCCGGAAACCAGGUAAAGACGUGACCAUCCGAGACGAGCAGGGGAAGAUCCGCCUGCAGGGGGCGCUGCUGCGCACGUACGUUCUCAACAUCAUCUUUAAGACGCUCCUGGAGGUGGCCUUCCUGUUGGCGCAGUACUUCCUGUAUGGCUUCGAGCUCAAACCCAUGUACACGUGCAGCAGCUGGCCGUGUCCCAACACCGUCAACUGCUACAUCUCACGUCCCACCGAGAAGACCAUCUUCAUCCUCUUCAUGCUAGCUGUGGCGUGUGUGUCGCUGCUGCUGAACCUGGUGGAGAUGUACCACCUCGGCUUCACCAAGUGUCGCCAGGGUCUCCGCUACCGCCGCUCCCUGUCUGAGUCCGCCUCUAAAACCGCCAGCGAGGAAGCCGUCAUGCCCUUCGUACCCAGUUACCCGUAUUUCCCCGCCCACGCCCCACCGCCGGAGCACCAGUACAAGCUGCCGGACCCCGACGGAACCUUUCCCGCCUACAACAGUCGCUCCGCCCACAAACAGAACAGCGACAACCUGGCCGUGGAGCGCAUCGCCACGGAGACCAAACCCGAGUCCCCCGCCGAAAACAAGGCGGAUCCCACAGAGACCAGGGUGAAGAAAACCUCGAACUCUGCCCCCGGCUCGCCGUACUACCAGAGGAGGCCCAGCUACGCCAGUCGCUAUAGCAACAACAAGAGCCGACUCGACGAUCUGAAGAUCUAA